AGUCUCAACCGAGUUUGAGAGAAACGGGAGACUUGAGGGCUCAAGAGUCUCAACCGAGUUUGAGAGAAACGGGAGACUUGAGGGCUCAAGUCGCCAUGUACCUGGGGAUCAGAAAGGGGAAAUUAAAGACGGUAAGCCCCGCUCCCUCAGAUUCACUUGGAAUAUGAGAACCACCAGCUCCAUGGAGCCCUGCGACAUCAUGAGGGAGAUCCGCAAGGUGCUCGACGCCAACAACUGCGACUACGAACAGCAAGAGAGUUUCCUGCUCCUCUGCGUCCAUGGCGACGGGCGGGCCGAGAACCUGGUCCAGUGGGAGAUGGAGGUCUGCAAGCUCCCCCGUCUCUCCCUGAACGGCGUCCGCUUCAAAAGGAUAUCCGGGUCGUCCAUCGCUUUCAAGAACAUUGCUUCCAAAAUAGCCAACGACUUAAAACUAUGAACAAAAGGACUUAAAAGAUAAGUAAAAAAAAAUCUAAAUCAAAUCUAUAUUCAGAGGUAUUUAAGCUGUACAAUCAUCCAAGUAGCAGUUUCCAAAUGUCUGCUUUUUUUUUUUUUUUAAA